UCUAAAGAUAAAGGGCAUGGAAUAUGAAUAUAUAGAAGAAGAUCGAGAUAACAAGAGCUCUCUACCUCUUCAAUCCAAUCCUGUUCAUAAAAACGUCCCUGUUCUCAUUCACAAUGGAAAACCCAUUGUUGAGUCUAUGGUCGAGCUUUAGCUCGUUUGUGGGCUAAGUUCCUUGAAGAUAAGGCUAUUAAACAUGGUUACGAUUGACUUGAUCUUUUACUAUGGUGGUAACUGGAUGAGGGAGCCACAACUUGUAUAUUCAAGAAAGCUUACUCACACUUGGAAAGGUUAUGAUGUUGAUCUCUUAUCUUUUAUAGAUAUGGUUAAUGAAUACAUGAACAAGUUAGGGUAUGUUGGAGUUAAACAAUUGAUAGUGAUUGGCCCUUCUGUGAAAUAUUAUGAAAUAUUAGGAGAUGAGGGUAAUAGGACAUUAUUACUACUUGUGAAUGACCAGUUUAAUGUUAUUAACCUGUUUUCUGUAGAGGACAAUGAAUUAUCUGUUGAUGUUCAAAAUAUAGUGCAACACACUGAGUCAUACUUAGUAGUAGAUGAAGCAGCUAGUGAUUGCAACUCAAAUGGUAGUAAUUCUAACAGUGAAGAUGACACAGAUGAUAGUGACUGUAAUAGUGAAGAUGCUUCAGGUUAUGAUUCUGAUAGGUUGGAGGCAUUAGCAAAAGAAAGAAAGAGGGUAAUUGCUGAUAGGUUGGUUGAUUACAAGGACAUAGACAUGUCCAUGACAUUCAAAGAUAUACCUGAAGCUAGGAAAUUCAUGAACUUGUAUGCCCUUGCCAAUGGUUAUGAUUAAACACUAAUUAAAAGUGACACAAUAAGGGUCAGAUAUGUGUGCGAGGAUGAUGAAUUCCCUUUUUUGUCUGCCUAAUUUCCAAAGAUAAGAGGAAUAUAGGUGUUAAGGUCAAGACACUAGAAGCUAAACAUGAGUGUAAUCAUGCUUUUGAUAACCAGAGGGUUGAUGCUACCACCAUUGCACAUUAUUUCAAGAGGAAGUUGCAGGAAUCCCCAAAAUAUAAGAUUAAAGAGAUGAAAGCAGAUAUAAAAACAACUUUUAACAUCAAUGUUUCAUUUUCAAAGUGCAAGAGAUCCAAAAAAUGAUAUUGGAGAAUCUGGAAGGUAGCUUUAUACUGAUGAAUAUAACAAACUUGAUGCCUAUGCCAAUGCCUGGAGGCCGAGUAAUGUAGGAAGUGAUAUCAUUAUUAAUAUUUCAAAAGAUGCCGUUGCUGAAGGAAGAUUUUUGAGGAUGUAUAUUUGCUUUGACGCAAUGAAGAAGGGGUUUAAGGGAGGGUUAAGACCUUUCAUUGGCUUGGAUGGGACCUUUUUAAAAGGAAAAGCCAAAGGUCAACUCUUAGUAGCUGUAGCUCAAGAUGCUAUGAACCACUUUUAUCCACUUGCUUGGGCUGUUGUAGACAAGGAAACAAAAGUCACCUUGAAUUGGUUCUUGAGUUUGCUUCAGAAGUCUUUAGACCUCAACAAUAGAGGGAGUCAAAUUUAUAUCAGACAUGCAAAAGGGUCUACUUGAUGCUGUCCAAUCUAUCUUAUCUGAGGCCCACCAUAGAUAUUGCGUGAGACACAUAGUAUCCAAUUGGAGCAAAAAAGGACAUGGGUCUGGAGAAAUGACAAAGCUGGUUUGGUGGUGUGCAUGGAGCAGUUAUCAUGAGGAAUUAAAUGAUCAUUUGAAGACAUUGGGAGAGAUGUCUGAGAAAGGGGUGAAGGAUUUACUGCACUAUCCAGUCAAAUGUUGGUGCAUGGCUUACUUUGAUACAGUGUGCAAGAAAGCAAGAACCAGAAGGUAGAAAAUAACCUAACUGAGUCCUUCAACUCUUGGAUCUUGGAUGCUAGACACCAGCCAAUAAUUGGGAUGCUUGAGGAAAUACGAAUAAAGGUGAUGAAUAUGUUGAGUAAAAAUGAAUCUGAUGUAAUGACAUGGCCUACUCAAUGGAGUCCACAAGCAAUGAAGUUAUACAAUGAAUACUUGCGGAUUACUCACAAGUGUACAGUUGGUUUCAAUGAAUGUAGAAUAUGGACAGUCAUCUAUGGGUGAACAACAGAAGAAGAAAAAGCAGUCAAACAAGGGAAGACAACUAAUGAAGAGGCAAAGAACAUUUCCUGAUGAAGAUGAAGGCGAAGAAGUUCCCAGAUCCCCAACUGCAGCAACAAUCGGAGAACUACCAUUGUCAGCACCACAGUCCAGUCAAAUUAGUCAAGCAAGUGAAGCUAGACAAUUUAUUUUUAUGCCAACACCAAAGGUGCAUAUGCAGCAGUCCAACAACAAUGAAGAUCCUGAUUUUGAGAUUCCAGGCUUUGAAUUUGAAGAAGACCCAGCUAUAAGGCCUAGAAGUGUUUCAGAGGUAAAUUCUAGACUCCAACAGAGGCAGAAAGAACUAAUAUCAAGUGGAAAAAGAAUAAUUAACUUUGUUGGUGAUUCUGCUACAUCUAGCAAGCAGUUGGAGAAACAAAAAAUGGACAAGCUAAACGCAAGAAAGGGCAAUGGAAAAGCACAACAGUGAAGCUGUUUAUUUUUGGUGUUACCUGGAAGCUAUAAUGAAUGAUGGUGGCAGUAGGAUUAGUAAAAGCUUUAGUUUUUGUUCUUAGUUGUUCAUGGGGCAUUAGGAUGUCUUGUUAUAAUAUGGCAUCCCUUUGUCUAAUGUAAUGCACACUUUGAUAGUUGGUUUAUGUGUUGGUAACAACUUAUAUGUAUCGUUGAUCGUACUUGUGUUUGGUUAAUAUAUCUUACUAUGCAUGGUUCUUGCCUUC